AUGACACGUUUUAGCGUUUUGAAGAUAGGUUCAAAUUCGUUGCCUCAUAAUGCACAAGGGGAAGGAUUUGAUAACCUAAACCCUGAGACUCCGUCUUCUUCAAUAUCGCCUAAUGCUGUCAAUUCUCGCCCAGAAAACAUAACUAAAGAGGCGCUGAGUAAAAUGCGGACAUCUCACAGAGAUAUCGACGCCGAUUUAGAUGAAAUGGAAAAUGAGCUUAGGCCUGAAGAUUCGCUUGAUUCUUUGGGUCGCUCUGGUGAGGUGGAGGAUUUUGGUGCUCAGCCAUUCAUUUCUACGCUAGACCCAAGGCCUGAUGUGCCUAAUCAGUCUAGAGGGGAUUCUAAUGAGCCGAGCCCGGGCGAGGAUUAUGCCGAAGUAAGUGAGUCUGCUGUCGAAGCAGAAAGUUCGAAUGCCCAACUUGCUCAUUUGAAUGAAAUGGUAUCUGAAAUCGAUAGAUAUAGUGGAAUGGCAGAACGAUUAUAUUCAAUAACGGAAGAAGCCAGUGUUCGCGGUCAUCGCGAAUUAAGCGAUGAAUUUCGCUCUGAUAAGCUGAAUAAUCUUCGUGAUUUUAUGGUAAAACUUAGCCUUAAUUUUAAGGCUACUCGGGAUUGCUUCUUCACCGUUGCUCGUUUAGCCAGGACUACUAUCAAUGAGCAUAUUGCAAACGGUUCUUUACGGGAUAGAGAGGAUGACGAAAUCGACGAGGAGGAGGAUGUUUCUAACUUCAGGCGAGGUGAUAUAGUGGAUUCAGGUAUGGAAAGUCCCGGGAUCGAAACAAAGAAGAAUGCUGAUUCUCAUGUUCAAACA